CCACCCUACCUCCGAAACCAAUUGAACGGUCAUCUUGCCAUCAUAUAUUCCAUGGACGGACUUACUCUUAGCAUCGCUAUCUGAAGAACGUCGUCUGCUGCCACGGAACGACCAUGUCCGACCAGGCUCACGAGCCUGAUCGCACGGAUUCCGUGAACCCUCGUACAGACCUCAAGGAGCUUCAAGAGAAUGUCCUCCCAACUUCACCAUCGACGCCCCCGGCGCAAAUAAGCAUAGACUACCCCGAAAUCUCACCACGCUCAAUCUCAUCGCUCGGCUCGUUCAUCGAGUCUGGAAUCGCAAACGCCAUCACCAUAAGUCGUGUACGGCCAUCUGAAAUACAACACCGUGACAAAGAACAUGAUCGCCGCGUCACUGAGACAUCGUUGUCUUGGCUUCACAAUCUCGAUGCCGAUGACAUGGACCUACUACCUGCGUUGCCAGCUUCGAAUAGUAGCAGCCCACGCUCAAGUAUAGCGAAGCAUACACCGCUUCCCGAUUCUCCAGGUAGCAGCACCGAGUCUGUUUGGGGAUCCCCUCAAGAAACAAGUCUUCGACGUGUCUCUCUUGCCGCCACGACAAUUCGCCAUGUGCCAGGUUCGGAGACGGAGAACUCGACUGUUAACGGAGGGUCUGAGACGAGCAAUUCUGCCACCUUUUACGCUCGCGUCUCGCCUUCGAGGUAUAGAGAUAGUUCAGCUCGGACGCUGGACACUGCUGAGCUUGAGGAGCUUGGCUGCUAUCCUGAUCGGGGCUAUUGCGAGGCUGCGUCGCUCCAAGCUGAACUCCAGGGCUGUCGGGAGUCCGUGUCGCAGACUACGGCACAGUCUGGUGAGCGUUCCGCAGGGUUCUCGGGCUCGUUCGGAGACAGAUUGAAGGAGAGGUUGGAUGUGGUCAGGCGGAAGAGUUCCAAAGCCCUUCACCACCUCCGAGCAACCAGGGGCGUUCCACAAACUGAGUACGAUCGAGACUACGACAACAGCCACGCUUCAGGGUCAGUGCCUUCAUACCAUGACUCUUCAAACGCACCUUGGACACUACCUAGUCAUCGCGGUGGACAUGGACCUCAUGACUUUCAAUUAGGGUCGCCAUUGCACCUGGCACCGGGACACGGCCGUCCGAUGGGUUAUGUACAGCAGUAUCUACACGACCAAGCAAACACGGUGUAUCAGAGUCCAGACGACGGUUUCCUGCCAGAGGAGCGUCAGUUACCUCCUCCGCUUCCGCCGCGCCGGAGGAUGCAUGCGUACGGCUCUGAGCAUUAUGAUCGUCUCCUGCAUCAGGGGAGAUACACGUACGUGCCUGGAUAUGAUGAUUUUUCCACGCUGCAGGGAAGACACACGUACAUGCCUGGAUAUGAAGAUUUUUCCACGCUGCAGGGAAGACACACGUACAUGCCUGAGCAGUAUAAUGCUCCCUUGCAUCAGGGAAGACACACAUACAUGCCUGGAUAUGAUAAUUCUUCCACGCGCCAGUCAAGACACGCACAUGUCGCUGAGCAUCACGCUCUUCCCUCGCAUCAGGGAAGCCACACAUACAUGCCUGAGUAUGAUAGUCCUUCCACGCGCCAGUCAAGACACGCACAUGGUCUUCCCUCGCAUCAGGGAAGAAAUGCAUACAUCCCUGAGCACCACGCUCUGCCCACGCAUCAGGGAAGAUACACACGCGCGCCUGAGCAUUACAAUCUUCCCACACGCCAGCCAAGAAACACAUACGUGCCUGAGCAGUAUAACGUUGCCUCGCAUCAGGGAAGACACACAUACCUGCCUGGAUAUAGUAAUUAUUCUACGCGCCAGUCAAGACACGCAUACGUCCCUGAGAAUCAUACUCCUACCACGCAUGAGGGAGGACACACAUACGUCCCUGAACAUCACGCUCUUCCCUCGCAUCAUCCUCUUCCCCCAUAUCAGGAAAGACACAGCUACAUGCCCGAGCACUACGCUCCCACACCGCACCAGUCAAGAAACACAUACCUCCCAGACCAUCAUACUCUUCCCACGCACGAGCCAGGAAACACAUCCAUCCCAGCGCACCACGCCCCUCCCCCACACCCUCCAAAAACCCCAUACCCCCCCAAACACCACGCUCUCUCCCCCAACCACCAAAUCCCCCAACCCACCCAACAGCCCAAACCCCCUCAAACCCCAGCCUACACCGCCCACUCCAAACCCUCCUUCAGCACCGCACCAUCAUCAUCAUCAUCAUCAUCCUCAUCCUCGACAUCCACAGGCGGUAACACGGUGCCCGCAGCGCACCACCCGCUUCCGCGCCCCGGGGUUCUGACGUCGUUGCAUGGGCCGUUGCCGUGUUUGAGCGAGGAUGGAAAGGCGGAGAUUGCGCUUGCGGCGUGGGCGAGGAGGGAGGGCGGGUGGUUUCAACCUGUUGGACGGGGGGGGAGGGGGGGGUUGCCUGCUUGGGUUUGGGAUUAA